AGUUUAUAUUUUUCUAUUUCAAUUCAACUGUUUUAAUUUUCAACCUUCUGAAAAACGUGAAGGCGAUCCAGAUUUUUCCGAAGUAUCCCCCCAAUUCUUACAUAUAGUUCCAUCUUACAUCCAUCUUCUUGAAUUUUCGCUCGAUUUUCUUGUUCAUACUUCAUACCCUUUUCUUCUUCUAUCCUUAUUCCGAUCUAACAUGGCGGCGACAGCGUCUCAAUUUUCGUGUUUGUGCGCCAUCAACCGUGGCUUUCGCCUGCAACACCGCCGACCAUUCUUAGCUUCUCGUCCUUCUCUUUCCUUCCCUAAGUUUUCGAUUGUUAUGAGCGUUGAAGGAUCUGGUUCGAAUGCAGCUGAUUCCCAGACUAAAACAACUUUAAGCUAUGCCACUGAUGUAUCAGAAUCUCAAGUUGCCACAAACUCAUAUCCGGAUGUUGAAAAGUCGCCCGAUGUUGGAAAUUUAGAGAAUGAGAAGCUGCAGGAGCCUGGUGGUGUUGGUGCUGUGCCAAAACGAACAGCAAAAAUUCACGAUUUCUGUUUUGGCAUUCCUUUUGGUGGAAUUGUUCUAAGUGGUGGCCUUAUUAGCUUCAUUUUCUCAAGAAACCCGUCUGCAUUCAGCAGUUUGGUGUCUGGAGGUGCUUUGCUGGCCUUGAGCACCUUAAGUUUGAAAAUCUGGAGGCAGGGGAAGUCCAGUUUUCCAUUCAUUCUAGGACAAGCAGUAUUUACGGCCUCGUUUUUCUGGAAUAGUUAUCAGACGUACUUAUUGACCAAAAACGUGUUUCCAACAGCCAUUUAUGCUGCCCUCAGUGCUGCAAUGCUAUGCUUCUACUUAUAUGUCGUAAUUUCUGGAGGAAACCCACCGCCGAAAAAAUUGAAGCCUUCUCCAUCUGCUGCUUAAUGAAAUUCAAAUCCUAUACAUAGUUUGAUUACACUUGGAAAAAUAAUUUACUUUUUGAUGUAGCGCUGAGUUAAGUUAGGAGGGAAAAGAAGGCCUCGUUUUCAUUUGUUGGGAAUGGUAAAAUACUAAAUGAAGCUUAGGAGGUGGGAAAAAUGCACUUGAAUAGUUAUAAUCUGUGAGGAGCUAGGCGGUAGAAUUCAUGAAGAGGGAGUGUGUUACUUGAAGGCAACGAGAGCUUGGAUUUUGCUUUUGAACAUAAUGGUUAUGAGGUUUGUAUUUAUAGAAAUAACUUGUUAGUAGUUGAGUGUUUUCGUUGGGGUAAACGACCCUUUGAUAAAUAGUUGAAGAUAGUUAUUAUUGCUAUUAGAUGAGGGGAUUAUUACUGGAAGACUUCUGUAAUAAUUUAGAUGGUUAUAUAAUAUAUGGUGAAUCUUUGAAGGUACAAAA